AUGUCAAUUGCAUCUGCAGUUGGAAAACCUCUAGCUAUUGACAAGGCGAUGAAAGAUCGAACAAGGCCAAGCGCUGCGAGGGUUAAAGUGUUGCUGGAUCUGCUGGAUAAGCAUCCCAAAAACGUCAAGAUUUUCGUCGUCGAAAAACUUUCUGGAAAAUCUAAUAAUUUCCAUCAAAAGGUUAUGUAUGAUUACCUUCCAAUGUAUUGUACAUGUUGUAAGCACCAAGGGCAUGAUGAAAAUUCAUGUCGCUCGAUGAAAGGGAGGAAUAAAAUUGCAAAGGGAAAUAUCGAGCAAAAAAGUCGAAAUGAUUUGGAUGAGAUUUCUACUGAACAACUUCAAGGUGAUGCAAGGCAAUUGUUGAAUGCAAUAAGAGAUGCCAAUCAGCUGCAAGAAAAUGACAAUGUGACUCAAAUGCAUGGAGUGGUCGAUGACACUUCACAUACUCAGAAUAAGAUGAAAGGUAAGGCUACUGCUACAGGAAGUCUUGCGAUCAUCACAGGUCAAAAGCCUACUGGAAAUUUAGGAGGAUAA